AUGGUCAGAUCUGUGGCCGUUCCAGUGUUGUUUCUGCAUAAAUUCGAAAUAAAGAUGUGGAGGGGCAAGGAUUACACUCCGACGGACGGCAACGGCAACGGCGACGACGAUGACGAAACUCUCAUUUAUGGUACGUUUAUUCAUCUUGGGUUGGGUUCGUGGGCUUGUAACUUGAAUUUGGGUAUGGGAGUUUCUGGGUUUAUGGUGAUUCUGGAAGAGGGUUCCAACCUAAUUACAAUUAAACUUUUCCAUGGGGUUGGAUUUCUUAAGCAAAAUACAUACAUUUACGUAGAGGGUGAAGUUGAGUUCUUUGACCAUGUAGAUUCUACGAUACUUAUGAAAGAGGGGCUGGAAACCCUUGUUGACAGGACUAAGUACUGCAGGCCUCAUAAACUUUAUUUUAAGGAUGCACAUGUCGAAAGGCAUGGAGGAUAUAGAGUCAUUGGAGGGGAUGAAGAUGUUUAUGACUUGGUAUCAUUGAAGAAUGAAUCUGGGACUGUUGAGGUGUUUAGGUUGGCAGUGAAUGAGUUCAAUGCAUUCAUGAAAAAAGAUUAG